AUGGGAAAGAUAUUCAGCCUGUCCUUUUUCUCUCUUUUGUGGGGAUUCCUCCUCAUAUUAAGCCGACAAGCAGUUGCAGUUGAAAACUCGCCUCUAUUGACUACCAAUGUCUACCAGUUUCCAAAUGUUGGGUCAUGGAUUGAAGGCAUUGCGGAACGAGAAAACGGUGACUUGCUGAUAACUCGAACGGACGUUCCAGAACUAUGGUCCAUUAAUCCUCUCACCAAAACCGCCUCUUUGGUUUACAAGUUUCCAGGUGCCACCAGCACAGUGGGAAUUGCAAAGAUCUCCUUCGGGGUCUUCGCGGUCGGUGUGGGAACCGUAAAUCUCUCGACAUUUAUGGCCACACCUGGAAGCUUCUCCGUUUGGAUUGUCGACUUGCGUGGGCAAAAACCCCAAGCCAGACUUCUUAAAGCGGUACCAGAAGGGCUUUCCCUUAGUGGGAUGAUUCUUUAUACCGGAUCAACAACCUCGCCAGUUCUACUGAUUGCAGACACCCUGAAGGGCGUGGUUUGGCGCAUGGAUCCCACAACUGGCAGUUACUCUAUCGCUUUGUCAGACUCGAGCAUGCUUCCAGCCCAAAACUCUGCCCCAAUUGGGAUAAAUGGUGUCAAGGUGCUGGGCAAUACACUCUAUUAUACGAGUAGUAGUCAACAAAAAUUCUGUCGGGUCAAACUGAACAUAGAUGGCUCAGCUGCGGGGCCAUUUGAAGUCGUCGCAAGUGGAUUUUUCCAAGAUGGGUUCGCCAUCGCGAGGGAUGGAACUGCUUACAUUACGACACAUCCACAAAAUACAGUUCUUCGGGUGUCGCCUCAAGGGCAGACAUCUGUUUUCGCCGGCAACUUGAACUCUACUGCUUUGGCUGGAUCGACUGAUGCUCUACUUGGAGACUAUUUUGGGGAGGGUGUUUUAUACGUCACAACGAAUGGCGCACUGGGUUCUCCGGUAAAUGGAAUAUUUACCGAACCCGCAAAGGUGGUAAUGAUCAGCAAAGUCGAUCCAUGA